AUGUCAGACCAAGAUCAGCUCUCGUCGCAAGACUUUGUCCAGCUGACGCGCAUCUCUCGAAAGAAGCAAGACAUAGAACGUCAUAUCGCAAGUCUUCAAAGUUGGCCCGCAUGGGAUCCGUUCAAAGACAUCUCAACCUACUCGGCCGAAAUCGCCACCCUCGAGCGCAGCAAGACAACGCUGGAAGGUAUUGCUAGUGAAGUUCGCAACCGCCAGACUGAAUGCAACUGCCUAGAACACGAUGUCCAGCAAUUCAAUCUCGAUGACAUGAAGCGUCUGCGCUCGGUAGCAAAAGCCGUCUCCAAACGUCAUCUCUCUGGUACCGAUACUGAUCUCUUAGAGCUAGCACUCGAGACCGUGUUUGCCCUCGACAAGCUUCUUCGUCUCUUGCGGGAUCGACGCAGAGAGCACGAUCUCACAGAGCUCCGUCUGCAGUGGGAAAAUCUCAUCCGCUCGAGCUGGCUGGAUGUGGUAGAUCUCCGUCACGACAUCGAAGCAUUCGAGCGAAAGUGCAAGGCGCUGGCGGCUCCGCGGGCAAGCGCGACUGACUCGCCUGCCACUGGUGGAGACUCUCUUCUCUUCUCGUCGAAAAACGGAGAGCACACAUCGAGCGAUACGCCAUAUGACACCAAACAGCGAAUGCCCCGAUCGGCUAGCUCUUCCUCCAGGCUCGCUUCUGAGUCAUUGAAACUCGAGACUUCCCGCCUCGUGCUCCGCAUUCGAAGUUUCGACACCGAAAAGGUUCGUCCCGCUGGCAGGCUCUUAGACCUACUCAUCGAUCAGAGACAGGUUCCGGAGAGACUGAUCGACGAGCAGGAAAAGCUCGAAGAUGCACUUCCCCAAGCAUCCGUCAUCGAAGCGAAAUUGUCGCACACCUUGUCGAUACAUGGGAAAGUCUUCCUCUCGACAUCGCAAGCCCGAAAAUCUGGAGAACUGUCAGAAGCAGCUCAUGAGAACGAAGGACUCGAUCGCGCUGCAAUAACAUCCAAGACUGCCGAUCUGGUCUUACAGGACAAGGCACCUCCUAUGACAAGCCCGGACCCUCCACAAGUAACAAGGUCAGGGAUACAGAUUCGCGAAACCUCGUCGUCGCAGCCGAUAGCAACACCUGUGCGUCACGCUUCAAAUCAGUAUCGACCGGACCCCCGUGAUGCUCUCGAUGUUGCUGUCGGCAGCAUCGUCAAUCGAAUGCCCAUAUCGGUUUCGAUCAAAAACGCCAGUCUGGCAAGCUUUGGCGCUGCUCAACGCCCGGGCAUGUUCCAAGAUCUGAGCGGCCAGUACUGGAUCGGCGAACCUGACCCGCGUCUAUGCUUCUGCCGCAUUCUUCCUUCCAACAUGGUCAUGGUCCGCGUCGGAGGAGGAUGGCAGGAGCUCUCCGAAUUCAUCAUGCAGCACUUUGCCCAUCUUGCCAACGUCCCAGAGGACCCUACGCUGGGUGGAUCAGUUCGAAGAGAAGCGGCCAACCUGAUGUGGCCUCGUUCUGCAUCCGGCCCGGUGGGCUCGCCACGCCUCAGAACCAGGUCAUCCGUUGGAUCACUUCGAUCGAGCCAGGUGACGCACCGAGGGACUCCCCUGCAAUCAUCGCGAAUCGUCACAAUGCCACCCUUGAAGACGGCUUCCAUCCUGACACCCGCCACCAGGCCAAAUAUACAAAACGCGUUGAGCACAGCACCCGGCCCAGCGGUCCUCGAAAAUAGAGAUCGAAGCCUUUCUACGCCGUGCAAGACCUCGAGUCUUCCUUCCAGCAGCUCGAGUUCAUCCAUUAUCAUCCAUCCUUCGCCGCCAUCCACGUAA